UUCACGUGCAUGUCACGGUACUGACCGAGUUUCACUUAACUCACACAUAGAUUGAAACAGAACUUCAUGGGCCGACCUCGCCUGUAUCACACUCUCAAGGAGCAGGCAGAAGCUGCUCCUGUGUACAGACACAAUUAUUAUCAAAAGAACCGUGAAGAGUUCCGCCUCAAAAACAGAGAGCGUUAUCGUCGACGCAAACGCAGGUCACAAGACCAGGUCAAUGGUGACUCGGAAGGCAUCAAUGCUGAGAUAUCAACCUCCGAAUCUCCUCUUAAGAAUGAUGCAAACACUGGGAUACCGAAUGGCCCCCAAAAGAGACAACGAUAUAUCUCACCAACCUCACGUAUCGAGAGUCAUCUUAUUACUUUCCUUGGUGGCCUGGAUGUAGUGAUAUACGACUACCUUGAUACCGUCAGCCUCACGUUACUGGGGCGCACCGACAAUACGAUCGACACCGAAGAUAUUUGCGCUUCCAUCAGUAAACUUCAAAGACUGGAGAAAGAUGCUCAUAAAAAGGAGGCUGGAAUCCUGCAGUUCUACGGUGUGGGACCAAAGCUAGCGCAAGCUGAGGUUACGAGCAAGAAGGUCCAUCACCUCCUGAGCGCAUUGGAGGAAGUUUUCAUUCACAGCCUCUCCGGUGUUGAUGAACUGGCAGUCAUGUAUGAUCAGGCGGAUUUGUUGUUUCAGUCAUGGUAAUAGCAUGUGACUGAUGUGAAUUUACGAUGUUGAACUCCCUCCCCCAUUCUAUAGAUGAAGAGACCAAAAAACGCUUCCUUGUCACCGUCAUCAAGGAUCUCUUAGGAUUGUGCGAAAUCAAACGAGGCAAAGACAACAAAGCUGUCGUCGCCUCAGAUAUCAUGUACAUCGUCGGCCAGU